AGUCGCCGCCCCGUCAAUUGGCGUCCGAUAGUUGCUUCCUUGCCCCGCCGGCGGUAUACCGCGACGCGCAGACGCUCCGACGCGACGGCAACGACGCUCCGACGCGACGGUAACGACGCGUCGGCUCCGACGCAGCGGUGGCGACGGUGUUCGGCGGUAGUGACCGACGACGCGUCGGCCGUGACGGGCGGACACGCCAGGCCAGAACGGACACUGCUAUCCGACGCGUUGGUACAGAGAAAGUGUGAGGAGAGUAGCGAGUGGUUUGUAGCGACCUGAAGUCCGUAGCGGAAUGGUGAUUCUAGUGUCGUGAUUUGAGCUAAGCGUGAUGCAGAUGCUGAAGUGAGAAGUGUCUACUUUUCGACAUUUCGCGUGCCGCAUGGUGACAGAGUGACAUGAACUAGCGACAGAGUGAUGAAUGGUGACAGAUCAGCCGGAGUAGCCGUCCAGUACUGAAGUCGCUGGGAGAAUGGUCGCAGUGUCACUGUCUGGCAAAGUUUGACGCCAAAGAGUUUGUUAAUUAGACGUUAUCGCCACAAACUUUGGUAAUAAGACGUAAACAGCCAUCACAAUGCUGAGAUCGUCGAAAAUCAGCAAGGCCUUCCCGAAUCAGAAUCGAUGACGGCAUUGAUUGCCGUAUCAGCAACCUUUCGGUAACGGAUUUCGUGAUCCUAUUGGAAACCAUUUCGGAGGUCCCGUCGGCGGCCGCUCCGGUGACAUAGCCGUCCAACGACUGGUGACCUGGGGUGACCUGCGGUGACCUCAGCGUUGACCUGCGUUGACCUCAGCAGUGACCUCAGCGGUCCCCCACCUCUCCACUAUGACCGUGUCCUACCAGAACGAGGUGGCGUCCUCCACGAGCGGCGGGUUCACGCGUCUCCUCCUCAAGUGGCGCGGCUCGCUCUACAAGCUCAUCUACCGCGAGCUGGCGCUGUUCUGUCUGGCCUACGCGUCCGUCAGUUUGGUCUACUUCAAACUGCUCACCGAGGACCAGCAGCGGGUGUUUGAGCAGAUCCGCGACUACUGCAACCAGUUCAUCAGCCUCAUCCCGCUGUCGUUCGUCCUCGGCUUCUACGUCACCUUCGUGGCCCAGCGCUGGUGGCAGCAGUACACGGCCAUACCGUGGCCCGACAAAAUUCUGCACGCCAUUGCGCUGUACGUGCGCGGAGCCGACGAGAACUCUCGGAUGAUCCGGCGGACGAUGGUGCGGUACCUGAACCUGUCGUUGAUCCUGCUGCUGCGUUCCAUCUCCUCGGCGGUGAAACGGCGGCUGCCCACCCUGGACCACCUGGUGGAGUCAGGCUUCAUGACGGCUCAGGAGUUGGAGGAAUUCACCAGCGUGCCGCGGAAGGAGUUCAACACGUACUGGAUCCCGUGCUGCUGGUUCGUCUCCCUGCUGAGGGAGGCUCGCACCACCAAUCACGUGGUCGACUCGAUGGGACUCAAACUCAUCGUCGAGACGUUUAACGAGUACCGCGCCAACUGCGGCUUGUUGUGGAGUUACGACUGGGUCAGCAUUCCUCUGGUUUACACCCAGGUGGUCACCAUCGCCACCUACACGUUCUUCGUGGCCUGCCUGGUGGGUCGCCAGCAGGAGAUCAUCCAGCUGGCCGACAGCGAGGGGAAGCCGGCCGUCCAGCUAGACCUCUACCUGCCGUUCUUCACCAUCCUGCAGUUCCUCUUCUACAUGGGCCUGCUGAAGGUUGCGGAGCAGUUAAUCAAUCCUUUCGGCGACGACGACGAAGAUUUCGAGCUCAACUGGAUCAUUGACAGACACGUCAAGGUGUCGUACCUGAUCGUGGACACACUCAACAUCCGGCGGCCGCCUCUGGUGAAGGACAUGUACUUUGACGAUCCGGGACUCACGCUGCCCUACACAGAGGCAUCCGUGCAGUACAAGAUUCCCACCUACCGCGGCUCCGUGGACAAUAUGAAGGUGCCAGUGAAGGAGCACACUAUGGUGCUGCCGGAGAUAAAAGAGGAGCAAGAUGACGACGAGAGCGAGAACUUCUUCGGCUCCACUUCGCUGGGUAGCAUCGCCGCAGAGAACGGCCUCAUCGAUGGUCGUGACCCGCGCGUGGGCGCCAUGAGUGUGCCCGACGAGGCGCUGCUGGCCAGCAGAAACCACGCGUCACCGAACGGCGGCCGCGUCCGUCCCAAGAACCGAUCCGAGUCCGCAGGUAGCUGUGGAUCAGUGUUCCGCCGACCACUGGAUCACUCGAGCGCGGAGGCUACUCCGCAAGCUGACCGGACUGCCACCUGGCGGCCCAAACUAGACACUCAGUUUUCGGUGACGUCCAGUGGUGUCUCUGACGACGCGGCGCUGCGCCGCGCGGCCGACGGGGAGGGUGUCGUCACCCGUCACCCUUCGCUGUCGUUCCAGACUCGGAUGGACCGCCAGCUACCGAAGCGCUCCUCGACUCACUCGGGUCACCUGAUCCCGGCGCGGUGGCGGCGCCGGAAGAAAGCAGAGGUCAUCUGGCACCCGUACGUGCCUCCUGCCACCAGCGACCAGAGCCUGACCGACAGCGGACGACCCGAGGUCACCUGCCUCAUCUCUGAGCUCGACGAGAGACGCACGACUGACGCCUCUCCCCAGGGCAGCCAACAUCGGUUCUCCGUUCCAAGUGUGUUCGUCCAGGCGCCCAGUUUCCGACGCGAGUCGCCGGGCGGCUCUCGGAGUCGCAAGACGUGGGCGGACGCGGCUCCCUUUAGCCGCUCCUGGGACGACCGAAACGGCUGCUGGACAGACCUGAGUCCCAGUCCAACGGAGUGCGUCCAUGAGCCGACGCCGGCCGACCACAGCCCGGCGCUCACCGACCCCGGCCCCCUGUUCACCGAUAGGGGACUGUCCGACCCGGGCCCAAGUCUGGCGCGGUCCGGGUCUGCCGCCCAACUUUUGCACCACAUCCCAGUCGAACUAGACCCUUGCGACACGGACGGGGAGCUCUUCGCCUCGGCUCACCAGCUGGAGGACACCUCCUGCGCUGAGGCGUCUGAUGAGGACCAGUUUCCUCUCCAUCCCCUCCCAGCAGUCAGCAGCCUACCGGACUUUCAGCGAGUGGCACAGUCGGGAUCAGCCACCUCCAGUCUCGAGCGGAAGCACAGUCUGCCCGCCUCGGCCAACAAGCGCGUCCAGAUCCUCGAGCCGAGUGAAGUCGAACAGCUGGCACACCGAGCGGUAGCGGCGACGGCGGCGACGGCGGCGACGUCAGCGACGAGCAGUGAAACUCCGACGGCGUCUACAGGAACUCGGGACACCACGCUGGGCACGGCAGGGACGCAGGAGUCCCCAACGGCCUCAGGACCCAGGGAACCUCAGACGCCUGAAUCACCUGGAACAUCAGAGCCCUCAGGACCGCCCUUAGGGACGUCAAGACCCUCAGGAGCGCCAGAGUCAGGGUCAUCAGGAGCACGAGGUUUUUCGGGGAGGCCGGGCUCGUCUGGGGCGUUUUGGUCAUUAGGGACACAGGGCCCUUCAGAAGUUCAAGGGCCCUCAGGAACGCCAGGACACACAGGGGCCUCCGGGCCUUCAAGUCUGGGGACACAAGGGCCCGUAGGAGCACCAGGACCCCCGGGGGCACAAGAACCCUGCGGAGCGCCGGGGCCCCCGGCUCGGACGGCCAGUCUAGGCGCGGGGGAGCCACCUGGACCACCGUCCGCCUCUGUGUCUCCCAGUCUUCGGAGGAUCGAGGCGCAGCGGGGAACGCGGAGAAAACGCCAGUAGCGGGACGAGACCCGACAGUCCGGAGCCGGGCUCGGACCGCGCGCGCGCUUGUUUUGUGUGAUAUGCCGUCAGGGCUGUCCUCCAGUUAGCUGGGGUCCGGUGGACUCUCACCAGCGCCAGAGUCGUGGUGAUAGACGAGACUAGACUCCAGCUGGACAUGUCCAGUGGAUAAACUGUGCGAGCGGUAGGAGUCAAAGGCUUGCUGUGCUUCAUAUAUGCCUGCAUGUGUUGCUACGUUUGUCUUUCAGUUAUAUCCGUUCGCGCCCGAUUCCGUGUAUCGAUAUUGUGAAACAUCCCUUUUGAGUUUGGUGAAAUGGAGAAUAACAAGGAGCCGCCUAUAAAAUAGAGGUCAUGCGUGACAUAGUUAAUCCCGAAAGGCGGCUUCUUCAUUCGGCGCAACCGGGCACGACGCGUGAAAGUGUGUGGAGAACGGGAAAGGAGAGUCCCGCAUCGACUAGGCUCCAUCUGUGUUAUCGCUGUCAUUAUGUUGACGAAGUCAUAGGACCGAUAUCGUAAUGUCCGUUGCUGUGCAUUUUGUAGCACCAUUUCAUUGUGAGGAUGCCGACUCUAUGGUGUAUCUCACCGUUUCAUAUGUUCGGCAUUGAUUUUGACGCACCUAGUGAUUGCAGUGUGGUGUGACCGAGUGUACACCAAAAAGGCUGAUUAUAUACCAAAUAUACCGAGUAUCCACCAAAA